AUGGCCUUCAAGGAUGUGGCUGUGGCCUUCACACAGAAGGAGUGGAAGUUACUGAGUCCUGCUCAGAGGACCCUGUAUCGGGAUGUAAUGCUGGAGAACUACAGCCAUAUGGUGUCGCUGGGAAUUGCCUUUCCUAAACCAAAACUCAUCAUACAACUGGAGCAAGGGGAUGAGCCCUGGAGAGAGGAGAGUGAAAGUCUUCUGGACCUUUGUCCAGAACCAAGAACAGAAUUCCAGCCCCAUCUCUCCUGCCCAGUGAGUUUUUCCAGUCCACAGUUCCUCCAUCAAUAUGUGCUCUGCGGUCACUUCCCUCAGCUCUUCCCAGGUUCAUCUGCAGGAAGCCACUUCCUACUAGAAGCUCCAAGCUGCUCGAAUAACAAAGCAGAAGAUGGAGAGAGAGAAGGCUCUUGCACUGUGUUUGGGAGGCUGCGGCUGAGCGGGACUUCAAGGGCAUUCUUCAGCCUAUCUCAAGGUCAGCCAGUAGACCAGGAAGGCAACAGUGGUGGAGGAAUAGAUCAGGGGGUGAUCCCUGAGGAGACAGAUGCAAUGUUGACAGGGGCAGACAUCUCAGUAUCUGGAGCAGUCAUAUGUGAAAAAUACAGACUAGGACUUAGCACAAAGUCAAGCCUCUUUAGCUUCCAGAAGCUUCAUGUGUGCCCUGAAUGUGGCAGAAGCUUCUACCAGAGGUCAGACCUCAUCAAGCACCAGAGGACACACACAGGGGAGAAGCCCUAUAGUUGUAGGGAGUGUGGGCGAGGCUUUGGCCGGAAGUCCUCCCUCACCAUACACCAGAGGAAACACUCAGGGGAGAAGCCCUACAUGUGUAGGGAGUGUGGGCGACACUUCAGGUAUACAUCUUCCCUAACUAACCAUAAGAGGAUACACUCUGGGGAGAGACCCUUUGUAUGUCAGGAGUGUGGGCGAGGCUUUCGCCAGAAGAUUGCCCUCAUCCUACACCAGAGGACACACUUGGAGGAGAAGCCUUUUGUGUGUCCAGAGUGUGGAAGAGGCUUUUGCCAGAAGGCAUCACUCCUCCAACACCGUAGCUCACAUUCGGCUGAGAGGCCCUUCUUGUGCCUUGAGUGUGGGCGUGGCUUCAGGCAGCAGUCGCUGCUCCUCAGUCAUCAGGUCACACACUCAGGGGAGAAGCCUUAUGUUUGUGCCGAGUGUGGGCACAGCUUUCGCCAAAAAGUCACUCUCAUCAGACACCAGAGGACACACACAGGGGAGAAGCCUUACAUGUGCUCUGAGUGUGGGCGUGGCUUUAGCCAGAAAGUCUCCCUCAUGGGCCACCAGAGGACACACACGGGCGAGAAGCCUUAUGUGUGCCCUGAGUGUGGGCGUGGUUUUGGUCAGAAGGUCACCCUCAUCAGACACCAGAGGACGCAUACUGGGGAGAAGCCUUAUCUGUGCUCUGAGUGUGGACGUACAUUUGGCUUCAAGUCACUCCUCACCAGACACCAGAGGACACAUUCAGGGGAGGAGGCUGAUGUGUAUGGAGUAUGUGAGCAAAGACUUGGUCAGAAGACCCACCUCACCUCUGACCAGAGAACAUACUCAGGAGAAAAGCCAUGUGUGUGUGAUGAGUGUGGACGUGGCUUUGGCUUCAAGUCAGCUCUCAUCAGACAUCAGCGGACGCAUUCAGGAGAGAAGCCAUAUGUGUGCAGGGAGUGUGGUCGUGGCUUUAGCCAGAAGUCUCACCUCCACAGACAUAAGAGGACCAAGUCUGGCCAUCACCUCCUGCCACAAGAGCUGUUCUCUUGA